AAGGCAAAAAAAAAAAAAAAAAAGAAAAAAAAAAAAAAAAAAAACUUACUCUCUAUCACAUGGACUAGCCUUGCAUACGAAGAAUCUAGUGAUAUGGGUUGAAUCUGUGAGGUUUUGAACAUAAAAGGGAGAAAUUUUUGGAGAAGGUGUGUUGCUGGUUAGAUGUCGGACGACUAACUAGUCAAUUAUUUCUAUUUUUAAAGAGCUUGCUGGAAAUUAUCUGGAGGUAGGGGGAAAUGAAGAAGAAGCAAUGCACAUGAGAAAAAGAAAGCUCGGUUAGAAAGUGAUGGAAAAGUUAACGGAAGGAUGUUAUCGGUUAAGUUUGAAAAACUUAAAGUUAUGUUUCAGUUAAGUGGGAUAUCGUAAGGAUGCAGUGAAAGUUGAGGUGAAAUAAAAAGGUCAAAAGCUCAGAAAAAGAGGAGCGAGAGGGGUUUGGCAAUUUACACGAGCAGAUUUUUCUGUAAUCAGUCUGCUAUUUCCUAUUUUUCUAACAUAUACUCCGAGCUAAGGUGUGUGAAUCAGCGAUUGAACGAUUGUCAUUGUGGUGUUGAGCAGCGAUUCAAUUAUCUAAAUGGCCGGAAGACAUUACAGUGCUGCUUCUGGAACCUUCAAACCCAGAUCUCCGGCACUACUUUUCCUCCUCUCAUUUCUCGCUCUCACCCUUCUCUUCUACAUCUUCUCCAGCUUCUCCACUUCUUCCCCGUCCCACUAUUCCUCCCGAAACCCUAACUCCGAGAUCGAUUACUCCUUUGUAGCUUCACUCGAGAAAUUCCUAACCAAAUCUCCGCGAUCCCCGACGGCCGGUGACGAUACAGUUUCAGGAACAACGUCAGUUGAGGAUGCUAAGAACCUGGACGAUUCCGUUUGGAAAAAUGAGAAUCAAAGGCUUUAUGAUGAGCCGUUUUACCCUGCUUUUUCGCCUCUCAAAGUUUAUGUAUACCAAAUGCCAUCGAAAUUCACUUAUGAUUUGCUCUGGUUGUUUCAUAACACGUAUAGAGAGACUUCGAAUCUCACCUCUAAUGGUAGUCCUGUUCACCGCUUGAUUGAACAGCAUUCAAUUGAUUACUGGUUAUGGGCGGACUUAAUAGCACCAGAAUCAGAGAGGCUAUUGAGGAAUGUAAUUAGAGUGCAUAAGCAGGAGGAAGCUGAUCUGUUCUACAUUCCGUUUUUCACUACCAUUAGCUUCUUCUUGAUGGAGAAGCAGCAAUGCAAGGCUCUUUAUAGGGAAGCUUUGAAAUGGGUUAUGGAUCAACCAGCUUGGAAUAGAUCUGAGGGAAGAGAUCACAUACUUCCAGUUCAUCAUCCUUGGUCUUUCAAGUCUGUCCGCAAGUUUAUGAAGAAAGCUAUUUGGUUGCUCCCAGAUAUGGACUCAACAGGGAACUGGUACAAGCCUGGGCAAGUUUAUCUCGAGAAAGACCUGAUACUUCCUUAUGUUGCCAACGUUGAUCUAUGUGAAGCAAAAUGUUUAUCUGCAUCAAAGAGAACUACACUGCUAUUUUUCCGGGGGAGACUUAAAAGAAAUGCUGUAAGAUUAAUAUCUCAUUUAGUUCAUUUGCCACUUUAUGUUAAUUUCUUGCUAUUGCUCGUGUACUGAGUUAGUUAAAAGACGAUAUCUUAUGAUGGUUUUGAAAAGAAUUGGAGCUCUCCUAGUGAUUACUAAGUGGGUUGUAUGCUACCAUGCUGGCUUUAGUAAUUUUCCUGACAUCUGCAGAGCAUUCGGGUGA